AUGGUAGCUGUGGAUCUGCAACCCAUGGCCCCGUUGCCCGGCGUGGUGCAGAUCUGCGGGGACAUUACGUUGGAAAAGACGGCUCGGGAGGUAGGCAUGGCUCUGCUAGGGGAAGAUGAUGAUGGGUCAUCCGCCGCAAUCGAAGAUCCGUCAUCCGCUUCAUCGCCCAUAUCGGAAGAUCGAUCACUCACGAACGGCAAAAAAGGAGCCAAAGCGGAUCUGAUCAUUUGUGAUGGCGCGCCAGACGUGACGGGUCUACACGCGCUAGAUGCAUCGCUGCAAGCCCAACUACUUACCAGCGCUCUCACAAUCACCUUCAAGCUCCUCUCCCCCGGCGGCACAUUCGUCGCCAAAGUCUUUGCCACACCACCUCAAAGGAGCUCAGCCACAGCUCCUUUUGCUGAAAAGGAAGGGACCACAUUGGGCGGUAAAGACAUGGUAUUGCUCAUGGCUCAACUUCGAACUAGAUUCGACAAAGUCGUGCUGGCCAAACCGCCCUCUAGUAGACCGGCUAGCGCGGAGCAUUUCAUCGUUGCGACUGGCUUCGAUGCGGACAACGAAGAGCUGGACGCCUUUGUCAGCUAUGGAGAUCUGUCGGCCUGGAAUGAAGCGUCCUGA